AUGUCGGGCCCAAUGGGUGGCCAGGCAGGCUUGGUUCGCACCAAGCCGGUUAGCAACAGGAGAAUGCCCACCCGAGGUUUCAAAAUGGGUAGCUAUGUCCGAAUCACGUACAGGUGUGCGGGGAAGCAUGGCGCUGAAGAAGACAAUGCUGACUACGAGGGAAAGCUAGUGGACAAGCGAAUUGGCGGAGAAGACAGGGAGUCGUUCAUCACUUUGAAGGACUGCCUGGUUUUCGAUCUUACUGGGAGGUUCAUCGAAAAGCUGAAGCUCGGCCUGAUACAACUCUCCAAGAACUCCAACGAAAAAUCGGUGUUUGAGAAACAUGCGGUCAGCUUGUUGCUGUUCGGGAAGUCAAAGAAAUUAAUUGAUGCAUACGUGCAGACUUGUGAGUAUGCGGAGAAGCGCGACAAAACGCCAGACCGUCAGGGUGCGGCGGCGGGAGGAGCACCCCAAACAUUCUUCCCUUUUCACGAGGCUGGUGGGGUUCAGCAAGCCAAAGAAGGCAACGAGCCCGCGGAUGAUGACGACUCCGAUGACGAGCCGGCAUCAGGCAUGAUGCCUGGAAUGAUGCCAGGCAUGAUGGGAAGUAUGCCGAUGGGAGGAUGUAUGGGCAUGCCAAUGAUGAUGAUGCCGAUGAUGCCAGGCAUGAUGCCGGGCAUGAUGCCGGGUAUGAUGCCUGGGAUGAUGCCCGGGAUGAUGAUGUCAGGCCCUUGCAAUGCAAUGCAAGGCUGCUCGCCUGGCUGUUCGUCAAUGCAGGGCAUGUCUGGUCCCAAUGCGAUAGGCUGCGGGCAGGCACCCAUGCAAGGUAACGCACCAAUGCCAGGCACCAUGGGCGUGCCAAUGCAAGGAAAUGCGCCAGCAGGUGGAAUGGUGGGAGCUCCGGCAAUGUCAAUGCAGCCCGGAAGUCCGCCGUUGCCUCCCCCCAGAGCGCCUUUGGGCCCGGCCUUAGGCCCUCCAGGCUCCGCAGGCUCUGCAGGCCUUGGAGGGGCACCGCCGGCAGCUGGAGCCGCGGUGCCUGCUUCCGCAGGCGGACCUACGUCCGAUGCACCAGGCCUCAGCAGUCCUCAGCCACAGGCAAACGGUGUCAGCACAACGUCAAGUGGUGUUGAAAGAGAGCGAAGUCGCAGCCGCGGCUGA